AAUUCAGUCCACAAAACUACAUCAGAAUUCAGAAAAGUAGAAAAAAAGAUUGAAUUAUUGAUAGAGGGGAAAUUGAACUUAAAUCAUAAGUCACAACAAUAGAAGUAUAUUUAUUGAAUGCAGGACCGACCUGUGCCCAAGUGUAUGGUUGAAGAUUAAUAGAGCAUCAACUCCCUUCAGAAAAAUCAAUUUACUUCACGGGUAAUCUCAAGUCAUCCCAGUUCAAAAGUUCACAGGUGAGCUACACUUUUUUCCUCUCCAGAAAAUCUUAAAAAAGAUAAAAAAAAAAAAUAUAAUAAAAGGAAAAGUUAACACUAACCACCCCAGAGAAAAAGGCAAAAGAGAUGUAAGAAACACACACAAAGAAACCAAAGAGCUUGAUGAAAAAUCCAGUCUUUGAGCGGGGUUCUUGAAAGUUUUCACUUUUUUCUCUUGUCUUGCCUGAAUUUCAUCUUGUCAUUUUUGGCAAUGUCUGUGGAGUCAAGCUGUGGUUCAGGUGAUCAUGGUGGACAGAAUAUCAAAGGGGUCCCAACUCAUGGUGGGAAAUAUGUGCAGUACAAUGUGUACGGGAGCCUUUUUGAAGUUCCAAGAAAAUACGUUCCUCUUAGGCCCGUGGGACGUGGGGCUUGUGGCUUUGUUUGUGCUGCUGUCAACUCUGAGACACAUGAAAAAGUUGCAAUCAAGAAGAUUGGCAACGCAUUUGACAACAGAAUUGAUGCAAAGAGGACGCUUCGCGAAAUCAAACUUCUCCGACACAUGGAUCAUGAGAACGUGAUUGCAAUCAAAGACAUCAUACGGCCUCCACAGAAGGAGAACUUCAAUGAUGUCUACAUUGUUUAUGAACUAAUGGAUACUGAUCUUCACCGGAUUAUCCGUUCCAACCAACCAUUGGCUGAUGACCGUUGUCGGUACUUUCUUUACCAAAUUCUGCGAGGGCUUAAAUACGUUCAUUCUGCAAACGUCUUGCACCGUGAUCUGAAACCAAGCAAUCUACUCCUGAAUACUAAUGGUGAUCUGAAAAUUGGAGAUUUUGGGCUUGCAAGGACGACAUCUGAGACUGACUUCAUGAUGGAGUACGUUGUCACUCGCUGGUAUCGCGCACCAGAACUGCUCCUAAAUUGCUCAGAAUACACUGCUGCAAUCGAUAUCUGGUCUGUAGGUUGCAUACUUGGUGAAAUCAUGACAAGGCAACCUCUCUUUCCUGGAAAAGAUUAUGUUCAUCAGUUGAGACUUAUCACUGAGCUCGUAGGCUCUCCAGAUGAUGCUAGUCUUAGGUUUCUUAGGAGCGACAACGCACGAAGAUAUAUUAAGCAGCUCCCACGAUACCCAAAGCAACAGUUUUCUGCCAGGUUUCCGAACACUUCUCCUGGAGCUCUUGAUUUGUUAGAGAAAAUACUCGUGUUUGAUCCAAGCAGGCGCAUCACAGUUGAUGAGGCUCUUUGCCAUCCGUACUUAACACCUCUUCAUGACAUCAACGAGGAGCCCAUUUGUCCGAGGCCCUUUGUUUUCGACUUUGAACAGCCAUCAAUCACCGAAGACAACAUCAAGGAACUCAUUUGGAGGGAAUCAGUAAAGUUCAACCCCGACCCGACUCAUUGAGGAGCGUUAUUGCACGAUGACAUCUAUUGAAACCUUUGUCAAACACGUAAAACUCCUCCAAGAAAAAUAACUGUAGUGGAGAUAUGUUGGGAUAAGACAGAUUGUUCUUAGGCUUAUAGCAUGUUAUUUGUCUGUAUUGUCUUUGCAGCGAACUGUAGUAAGAAAGAGCUGAAGCAACUUAUGAACUCUUAUAGGUUUCUCCUCUCCAGAAGAAUUUAUUUUAUUUGCACCAACUACUAAUUGGUACCAUUUGUUAACUUUUGAGUGACAAAUUCAACAUUCCUCAUUACUUUGA